UUAUGAGCUCGUCCUAAGCCAAACAGAAUUGCAAUGAAUGGUUUAGCAGAUACAUCAAAAGUUGAGACUCGCUGGGUGAAAAAUGGGAGGACUGGCGAGACUGAGCAAGUCUCGUACGAAACAUGUCGUGUCGUUGGUUCUGGUAGCUUUGGAGUAGUCGUUGCUGCUCGGGUACUUCGUGACAAUCAUCUUAUUGCUAUUAAACGUGUUCUCCAAGACCGUCGGUACAAGAAUCGAGAGCUCCAGAUAAUGAAGAGCAUAUCUCAUCCAAACAUUGUGAAGCUGGAGGCCUACUUUCACACUCACAACACCGUAAAAAAUGAGACUCAUUUGAGCUUAAUGCUGGAGUACAUUCCGGAGACUGCUUACCAAGCCCUGCGUUGGUACGUUCGGGCUAACAAAAAAAUGCCAAUUCUCGAGACCAAGUUGUAUGCUUUUCAAAUGCUUCGGGCACUUUCGUAUUUGCAUGCAGUUGGCGUCUGUCAUCGCGAUAUCAAGCCUCAAAACUUGUUGGUGGAUACGAAGACAGGUGUUCUCAAGCUGUGUGAUUUUGGCAGCGCGAAGAUUUUGUCCCCGGGUGAACCUAACGUUUCAUACAUUUGUUCUCGCUACUAUCGUGCUCCUGAGCUUGUGUUUGGAGCGACUUUGUACACCACGAAAAUUGAUAUUUGGUCGGCCGCUUGCGUUAUUGGCGAGCUGCUGCUUGGACAACCGUUGUUCCCGGGAGAGAGCAGCGUAGAUCAGUUGGUCGAGAUUGUCAAGGUCUUGGGAACUCCUACACAUGACCAGAUUAUGACAAUGAAUCCCAACUACGUGCAUCAACGCCUCCCACGUGUGCGCCCUCAAACGCUUGAACGUACACUUCCGGAGGAAACCACCCGUGAGGGUGUUGAUUUGUUGAAGCGUAUGCUCGAGUACACUCCUGCUAACAGAAUAUCUGCAAUUGAUGCCUUAUCGCACCCUUUCUUCGAUGAACUUCGCCAGGCCGAUGCCAAGUUCCUUGCCCGGAGCAAUGGAGAGCAUAAAGAGAUGCCUCUUCCCAGUCUCUUUGACUUCAGUGAAUUGGAGUUGUCUAUUCGACCCAAUUUGAACAAGCGUAUAAUUCCCGAACACUAUCACGAGCAGCUCGGAGUUGACUUGGACACAUUUAACCCCAUCCUUAUUAAACAGGCUGGCUCAAAUGGACACCUUUAGACACUCACUUACACACACACACACACAAUGACCCUGGUGAUUGCAUUUAAAACUCUUCCUCUUUUUACUCUUUUUCUCUCUCUCUCUCUUUCUCUCUCUCUCUCUCCCUCUCUCUUGCUCUCUCGUGUGCAACCAGUGUAACGAAUUAGCGAUUCGGACGCUCCAACCAUCUUUUCGUUAUCCUGCUGUGAGCAAGUAGUGGUCAUUCUUUCUUGUUCUGUUAAUACGCAUACCUGUAAAGACUCAUUCUCCGUUCUUAUGCACUCUGGUAUAUUGCAUUCGCCUUUGAUCAUAACGGAAGCAAAAACAAGGGCAUUUUUUUUAACUGGUGUAUUGAAUAUGAUACUCUUUUGGUUUACCAAAACGUGUACAUAGGGUAAAAGCGCUUGGACAGUGUGUUGACGGUACAUGCAACGAACGCACAUGGUUCAAUACCAGCUCAAUCACUCGAUUCCUCAUUCAAUCAUUUGUUUCAUGAGAGUUUGUGUUACCAUUACCACGCGAGAUCCUCUCGCUUACAUAUGCCAUAAUAGUAGUCAUUUUUUGAGGCAGAAGUACUGGAUGGACGGGUCUAUCCUUUUUCUUUUUGGUCUUUUUCUCCAUCAAUUUUCUCAACACUUUAAUGAUCAAGACAGAAACCGCGGCACGUCUUGCGUACCCCUUUGUACGGGUUUCCAUAGCUCAACGAUGAACAAUGAAAAUACGUUCAAUGUUAUCC